AUGACGCAAAUAAAGGAAUUCACAACCAACACCGUGAACAGCCGCCUACAGACGGCAGCACAGGCACCAGUUCUCCAUCUGUCGCCUGCAGAAGAGCUUCUGCGACAGCUACUCUUAGCCUGUUGUGACAGCAUCGUCUCCAGCAAAAAUGAUGUGACGAAUCUGGACAUGUGGUUCGUCGGCGGGUGGGUUCGAGACAGACUUCUCGAUCGUCAAUCCUCAGAUAUUGAUGUGGCACUGAGCUCCAUGACUGGCAUCCAGUUCGGCCACGCCCUCGAGAAUUAUCUCCAGAGAGAGAAACAUAAAUAUAUCGAGGAGGCAAGGCGCCGCAGAGUUCCCACCGUAAUCUCAAAGCUGCACGAGAUCAAAAGGAACUCGAAGAAAUCCAAGCAUCUAGAGACAGCAAGUUUCCAUAGUAUUUUCGGUCUCUCGGUGGAUUUCGUGAAUCUCAGAAAGGAAACUUACAGCGAGGAUAGCAGGACCCCGCAAAUGGAGUUUGGCACUCCGGCGGAGGAUGCUCAUCGCCGCGAUGCUACAAUCAACGCUCUGUUCUACAACCUCAAGACAGGAAUAAUCGAAGAUCACACCGCGCUUGGACUGCACGACCUGGCUGCUGGUGUCAUCAGAACGCCAUCAAGCCCCUUCGAAGUCUUUGAUGAUGACCCCCUCAGAAUCCUCCGAUUAAUCCGGAUCGCGACUCAGCUUGGUUUUCGGGUUGAACGAGAGACCGUGCAAGCGAUACGAAGUGCUGAGCGGCCGGAACAACUCUGCACGAAGGUCAGCCGUGAGCGGGUAGAAACAGAGCUCUUAAAGAUUCUCAAAUGCCCAAACACGCUUUCGGCUUUUCAAUUGAUCCAUGAGCUCUAUCUCUACAACGCAGUCUUUCUCCGCGGGUUGCCGUAUAGUGAAGACGAGGACGCAAGCUGGGUUCUUCAGCAGUCGGGGCCGUAUGGCCCCUGGCACACUGAAUGGGCUCGCGCCUUUGAAACCGUGGCUUUCCUGUUGAGCGGGGGACCAAAGACACUCAGGAAUAUUUUGCUCCAGCACGAGAAAAUGGACGACAUCUGGAUGCUGACUGCCUUUGUGCCAAUUGAGUUUGCCUGGCUGGAUGAACUUGCAAGGAGAGAAGUAAAAGUUCCCGGAUUUGUGUCUCCGUCAAUGAGAAAUUGUCAUCGCAUCCAGCAUUACAUGGGCGAGGCUACUGCCGAUGGGUCCUUUCCCAGAAAACUACCUCGAAGUGCUCUCGGACUGUUGAUUAGAUGCUGCGGCAGUACUUGGAGAUUACAAGUACUAUACGCGCUUUUGAAGGAUGACGCCCGUGAAAUGAGGUAUGGCAAUGCAAAGCUGGCCUUGAUUACGCGAUGGUCGAGGUUUGUGGAGCAUAUAAUCGAGCAGAAGUUGGAGGACGCACCUUGUGUCAAGCCCAUUCUCAACGGUUAUGACUUGAUAGAGUUAUUCAAGCUCGAAAAGGGCGGGCCAUUCAUGCAAGAAGCAUUAAAUGACCUUUUGGAAUGGCAGUUUAAUCAUGAGAAUGCAACGGAGGAGGAAGCAAUGGAGUGGAUGCUUACACAGAGGGAGAAAUACCACGUCUGA